UUCACACGUUUUCGCAAUUUGGGGGUUACCUUGUUGACACACGAACAUAUUUCUGGGCUUUGGAUUUAGCUGGCUCUCCAGUUUAAAAAAAAGAAAGUGAAUGAAGAAAACCCUCCCAGAACCAGGAUGUUGUCUUUGGCCACGUCAGGCCAAACUGGAGCCCGGCGAGUUGUGACAGCGACUCGAGGGAGAAUUAUGAGGGACGGCAGGUGCCUGUUGUCCUGUUUGUCACAAUCUGUCCCGAAGGACAGAAACAUGGGCCAGUCCUUUUCCCGCUCUUCCUCCAACCAGUACAGAUGCUUUAGUGCCACAGCUGCUCACUGGAGCGCUUCACCAUCACCUACAGCCAAUCAGAAAACACCGUCCUACAGUUAUAUCGUUGUCGGGGCAGGGUCCGCGGGCUGCGUUCUUGCCAACCGUCUCAGUGAGGAUGCCCAUGAGUCUGUGCUGCAGCUGGAGGCUGGGCCUAAAGACAUGUUGCUUGGCAACUCACGACUGUCAUGGAAGAUCCACAUGCCAGCAGCGCUGACCUACAACCUCUGCGAUGACAAGUAUAACUGGUACUACCACACUUUACCUCAGGCCCACAUGGACAACCGGGUUAUGUACUGGCCGAGGGGCCGUGUCUGGGGCGGGUCCUCUUCACUCAACGCCAUGGUGUACAUCCGCGGACACGCUGAAGACUACAACCGCUGGCAGAGGGAGGGGGCCGAGGGCUGGGAUUACGAACACUGUCUGCCUUACUUUAGGAAAGCUCAGUGUCAUGAGCUGGGAGAAAACAGGUACCGGGGAGGCAGCGGACCUCUUCACGUGUCCAGAGGGAAGACCAACCAUCCCCUUCACAAAGCUUUUAUUGAGGCGGGGCAGCAGGCAGGGUACCCCUUCACUGAUGACAUGAACGGACACCAACAAGAAGGCUUGGGCUGGAUGGACAUGACCAUCUAUAAAGGAAAGAGGUGGAGCACAGCCAGUGCCUACCUGAGGCCUGUCCUGGGUCGACCCAACCUGAAGACGGAGGUGCGCUGCCUGACCACCAAGAUCCUGUUUGAUGGCAACCGUGCAGUUGGCGUGGAAUACACACAGAAAGGACAAAAGAAAAGGGCGUUUGCAGAUAAAGAGGUGAUAUUAAGCGGAGGAGCCAUCAACUCCCCUCAGCUUCUCAUGCUGUCUGGGGUGGGAAACGCUGAUGACCUGAAACAACUCGGCAUCCCUGUUGUUCAGCAUUUACCAGGUGUUGGCAGUAACUUGCAGGAUCAUUUGGAGCUGUACAUCCAGCAGCAGUGCACUCAGCCCAUCACCCUGUACAAGGCCCAGAAACCUUUCCACAUGGUCAAGAUAGGCCUGGAGUGGCUCACCAUGUUCACUGGUUAUGGAGCGACAGCCCACUUGGAGAGCGGAGGAUUCAUCCGCAGUCGGCCACACGUCGCACACCCCGACAUCCAGUUUCACUUCCUGCCCUCGCAGGUCAUCGACCACGGACGAGUCGCCUCCAAGAUCGAGGCGUAUCAGGUUCAUGUCGGACCAAUGAGAAGCACCAGUAUCGGCUGGAUGAAGCUGAAGAGCGCCAACCCUUUGGAUCACCCGAUUCUCCAGCCCAACUAUCUCUCCACCGAUGUUGAUGUGUGGGAGUUCAGGGAGUGCGUCAAACUCUCCAGAGAGAUUUUUACCCAGAAGGCCUUCGACCCGUUCCGUGGUCCCGAAGUCCAGCCUGGUCCUCAGGUCCAAUCCGACGCCGACAUCGACGCUUUUGUUCGGCGUAAAGCCGACAGCGCCUACCACCCGUCCUGCACCUGCAAGAUGGGCUCGCCAUCCGACCCAAUGGCGGUCGUCGACUCGAACACGCGCGUCCUGGGGCUGGAGGGGCUGCGCGUUGUCGACGCCUCCAUCAUGCCCAGCGUCGUCAGCGGCAACCUCAACGCUCCGACCAUCAUGAUUGCGGAGAAGGCUGCUGACAUCAUCAGAGGUCGCCCUCCUCUCGUCGACCCGGGGGUUCCCGUGUACCGACCGCCGACACUCGACACGCAGAGAUGAACAGAGAGAACGAGUAAAAGGGUAAACAGUCCACAACACAAUCCAUUAUCAGGCAACAACAGCUUAUUGUGCGUUUGAUCAGGAGCUGAUUAUUUUGCCACUGUACCUAAAUAAUGUGUGUGUUGUCUUGUUAACACAAGGUGACAUAUCAGUGUUAGAUGUGUAGUUACAGCUUAACAAUAAUUAUGAAGGAUAAUUUAUGCUAUCUAAAUUCAAGGCCGUAAUGGUGUCAAAUGAUUUUAGCAGUUUACAUGUGAAAUUCAGUUUUUCAGUAUUGUACUUGGUGUUCCGACUGUCCUCUGAUAGAGAAACAUUGGCUCUGUCGCUUUCUUAUUUUUUCAGUGAUGAUUUUGGUCUUAUUUUCCAUUCUGAAUUGCAUAUUUGGCAACCUCAAACCUACUAUGAUGAACAGUUUUUAUAGAUUUAGACAUUUAUACGGGAAGCUGGCAUUCCAUGAUGGUAGGACGUGGUUGCCGGGAAAGAUGCAAACGCAAUGGAAAAUUCCUUGAAUAUGAACAAUGCAGUGUGUGUGUGUGUGUGUGUGUGUGU